CACAGCAGGCUGCAGGCUGGGACAGCGCGCGGCAGUUGGGCGCUUGCUUUCCACCUCCCCCUCAUCCCUCCCUACAACCAGCUCUCCCCCUCCUAACCCCUCUGAGGUUCCUCGUCAUGGCGGCCUUCAGCAAGUCCAUCCCUCAUAACUGCUAUGAGAUCGGCCACACUUGGCACCCUUCCUGCGGGGUCUCCUUCCUGCAGAUCACCGGAGGUGCCCUGGAGGAGUCCUUGAAGGUCUACGCCCCCCUGUACUUGAUUGCUGCAAUUCUCCGGAAACGAAAAUUAGACUAUUAUUUACACAAAUUACUUCCUGAGAUCCUACAAUCUGCUUCAUUUCUGACUGCUAAUGGGGCCUUAUAUAUGGCUUUCUUUUGCAUUUUAAGGAAGAUACUUGGAAAAUUCUACUCAUGGAGUCCUGGUUUUGGUGCCGCAUUGCCAGCAUCUUAUGUGGCCAUUCUAAUUGAAAGAAAAAGCAGGAGAGGGCUCCUCACAAUUUAUAUGGCCAAUUUGGUCCUUUUGUUUUGCAUCACAGCUGCCAUGUACAUGUUCUUUUUCAGGUGCAAAGAUGGUUUGAAAGGGUUUACUUUCUCGGCACUUAGGUUCAUUGUAGGGAAGGAAGAAAUUCCCAUACAUUCUUAUUCACCAGAGGCAGCAUAUACAAAAGUGGAACAAAGGAGUGAGAAGCAUGAGGAAAAAUCAAGAAGAAUGAAUAUAAUUGCUCUAGUCAGGAAACUUGUGGAUUCAGUAUGUAAGCAUGGACCAAGACAUAGAUGUUGCAAACACUACGGAGAUAAUUGCAUCUCUUAUUGCAUUAAAGGUUUCAUCAGAAUGUUUAGCGUGGGGUACUUGAUCCAGUGCUGCCUCCGAAUCCCUUCUGCAUUUAGGCAUCUGUUUACACAGCCAUCCCGACUCUUCUCUCUCUUCUAUAAUAAAGAAAACUUCCAGCUUGGAGCUUUUCUGGGCUCUUUUGUUAGUAUAUACAAGGGUACUAGUUGCUUCCUACGCUGGGCUAGAAACUUGGAUGAUGAGCUGCAUGCUAUUAUAGCUGGAUUUUUGGCAGGUAUAUCAAUGAUGUUUUAUAAGAGCACGACAAUUUCCAUGUACUUAGCUUCUAAAUUGGUGGAGACAAUGUAUUUCAAAGGCAUUGAAGCAGGCAAGGUUCCCUAUUUUCCCCAUGCAGAUACUAUCAUCUAUUCCAUCUCUACUGCUAUCUGCUUCCAGGCAGCUGUUAUGGAAGUGCAGACUUUGCGGCCAUCUUACUGGAAGUUCCUUCUAAGGCUCACUAAGGGCAAGUUUGCCGUCAUGAACAGAAAAGUUCUUGAUGUUUUUGAUACUGGUGCAUCUAAACACUUUCAGGAUUUCAUUCCCAGGCUGGAUCCAAGAUAUACGACUGUAACACCAGAGUUACCCAUAGAAUUUUCUUGAAGAUGACUGUAAUUUAUUAAUGUGACUAAAUGUUUCAUUAUCUUAUCCUGGAGAAUUAAUUAUGUUGAACACAAAGAGAGGAGCCUGAGCUUGAACUUCAGUGUUAUUUCAGUGAGAGAUGUUCUUUUUGUGUUUUUCCUACCAAUCAGAAAUACUGAAGCUUUUUAGGAAGGUCUUGCUUAAUAAUUAAGCUCCCUCUGUAGAUGGAAUCGGAUUCUGGAUCACCUUAGUGGUUGUCAUAAUAUAUUAUCGAUUAAAUUAUGUCCAUAAGCAAUUUAAAUAAUCUAUGUAGAAUUGUAAUAACAAAUAAGAAUAUACUUAAAAUUACUUUAAAAGAUGUCUUUGGUUCAUUCCAAUAUAAUUCUUGGUCACAGCUAAGAAUGUUUCUACAUCUUAGGAUUUUUAAGGAUCCACGGGUACAUGGAUUUGGUCUUUUUUUUUUUUUUUUUAAUUUUUGAUCAAUAACUCUAGUGGUCAAAGAAUAUGGAUUUGAAGUAAUUCUUCACAAAAAAUGCUGCUUUAGUAUAGAGCAAUUUAGUUGGAGUGAGUGGCCAUUCUUACUUCAGGGAUACAAAUGUGAGUCUCAUAUCAUUUGGAUGAAUGCCAUGAUAUCCUUGCUCUUUCUCCCACUGAUAAAUCAUCUCUGUCUGCGUGACCAUUGGGCUCUUUGGCAGCUCAGGUUAGGAACCAAUGGAAAUUAGUACAUCUGGUAAAGUUGAAAUGUCUUUUACAGAAGCAUUACACUUGAAUAUUUCAAAACAUGAAGUUCCUUGUACACCUCCUUCAUAUUUAUUAUGUGUGUUUUCAUUUAUAAGGACUGAAUUCUUUAUAUCUAAGUUUGUGUAUCAUUGUUGUUUUAGUUGGGAUCAGAAGCCUAUAGAACUAAAAUAGUUUUGGCAAGUUCGACAGUUUCUUUCUUCUCAACUGUUUCACCAAUAUAAAUGGAUGCUUCACAACUAAAAACGAACAUAAAAAUCCA